AUGAAGAAGAAACACGAAAUCUCGGUGGAGCUAGAAAAUGAAGAAGAGAUCAGGGUUGAGUAUGUGUUCAAAGUAGUGGUGAUCGGCGACUCGUCGGUCGGAAAGACCCAGCUGUUGUCGAGGUUCGCGAAGAACGACUUCUGCUUAGACUCAAAGUCCACAAUUGGGGUUGAGUUUCAGACAAGAACUCUCAAAAUCAAAAACAAGGUUAUCAAGGCUCAGAUCUGGGACACUGCCGGCCAGGAAAGGUACAGGGCCGUGACAAGCGCGUACUACAGGGGUGCACUCGGGGCAAUGCUUGUUUACGACGUCACCAAAAGAGUGACGUUCGACCACGUGGCCCGGUGGGUCGAGGAGCUGCGGGCCCACGCGGACAACUCGAUCGUUAUCAUGCUGGUUGGCAACAAGGCUGACCUGGCCGCGGACUCCCGGGCGGUCCCCACGGAGGAUGCCAUUGAGUUUGCCGAGAAUCAGGGCCUCUACUUCUUCGAGGCCUCGGCCCUGAGUGGCGAGAACGUGGGGCCCGCAUUCUACAAGCUGCUCGAGGAGAUUUACGGUGUCGUCUCGAGGAAGGCGUUGGACAGCAGCAAUGUGGUGAAGCCCAACGGAGGCUUGCUCGACAGAAUGAAAAUCGAUACGAUUUCGGGUGCUGAUUUCGAGGUUAGUGAGAUGAAGAAGUUGUCAACCUGUUCUUGUUGA